AUGAAAAUAGCAGGUGUCUUUGUGCUCCUUUCCCUGGCUCUGUUCUGCAUGUUCUCAGGCGUCUUCAGUCAAGGAGGACAGGACGAAAGAGGCUGGAUCACCAGAUCAGAGGCCCGGAGGCCAGGGAGAGGCGGAACGCCAGGGAGAGGUGGCUUAAGGAACCGUCUCUUUCAAAUCAACUGUGACGAGUUUCGUGAUCCUAAAAUCUUCUGCACUCGGGAGUCGAACCCUCACUGUGGCUCUGAUGGGCAGACCUACGGCAAUAAAUGUGCCUUCUGUAAGGCAAUGGCGAAAAGCAACGGGAAGAUCAACCUGAAGCAUCACGGGUCGUGCUGA